UGAAACGCCAGCAUCAGACUGAAACUGGUUUUAAUACGGGCUCUUGAAAAGUAAAAGUCACCUGGAGCUUGUGUGUGUUAUUGUAAAAAUAAUGAGUUUAAUUACGAAACUGCUCAAGACAUUUUUUGUAUUCCUACUGGGUGCCCUUCAUCUAGUUGUGUUUGCCUAUGACCCCAACGAUCCUAAGAUAGCCGAAUGCUGCCUUCCGCCCGAGGGCAUGUUUGAGGCGUUCUAUCCCCGUGAAAAGGAAGGAAUCCCCAACAGCGCUUCGCGUCCCGCCCACUCCCAUGGAAGCUUCUUUAAGCAUCGAAAUCCUGCGCUAGUGGACACCAAAAACGCAGCAGCCUAUGGCUACCGAUUCGAUGGAAAGCGGCGCUUUAAUUUUGACUAAGCAAAAUUAAAUUUCGGUAUAACUUUUGUGUAAUGAAAAUUUUUUGAAUUCAUCUAAUAAAUAUAACGUUGAUCUGCA